UUAAGGAACUCGCAGAGUUAAAGCAAAUCAAGUUUACCAGGAUUACAUCAGUGACAGACACCAUACACACAUGAAUGCUACCCAGUGGGAAACUCUGACUCAAUUUGUUAAAUGGCUUGGAAGAGAAGGACACUGCAAAGUUGAUGAAACUGAAAAGGGAUGGUUUAUAGCAUAUAUAGACAGGGAUCCUGAAACCAUUGAGAGACAAAAGGCGGCUGAAGUUAAGGAAAGAAUGGAUAUGGAUGAUGAAGAGAGGCGAGGUAUGCUGCACAUUUUAGAAAGAAGUAUUAUUAUGUCAGCUCAAAUAUUUGUGUUUUCUGGUUUACUUAAUUUGUUUCCAACAUGUCGUGUUCUCUUCAAGAUUUUAUGCUGUAAAUCACAAACAUUUAAACAAUUUGGAUUCAUGUGGUAGGAUUUCUGAUGAUUGAAUUUAACUUAGUGUAUGUAAUUACAGCAGCAUUACAGUGCAACCCCUCUUAAACAGCCACCUUUGGGGAAAUGGAUAGUGGCUGCUAGAGGUAAAAAACAAUAGAAAAGCCCACAUUGGACUUUGAUUACUGACUGCCUAAUAGGGAUAGCUGUUUAAUAGGUGGCCUGUUAAAAUAGGGGUUCGACUGUAUUAUCAAAUUAAAAAAGUAAUGAUCUGUACUGUUUAGGUUGGGACAUAGAGUGUACAACAAAAUGUACAAUGUAAUACAGUGGAAGAAUGACAAAGUAUUAAAUAAAUGCACUGUUCAGUAUGCAGUCAUGUACAUGUAAGGACACGGGAAUUUUUAAGAACAUGAAAGUAGUGCAUAGAGAAGCACAAGGGGAACUCAAGUACUUCUCAAGUGUUCUUGAAAUUUCAAGU